AUGUUUGGACUGACCUCAUCAACAACUCCAUCGUUUGGGGGAUUUGGAUCUGGGAAUACUAAUACAGGUGGAGGUGGCUUAUUCGGCGCAAAGGCAGGAUCCGUAGGCUCAGCGCCAAGUGGAGGUCUAUUCGGUCAAUCAAAUACACAGCAGCAACAACCGCAACAGCAACAGCAAAAUACAUCGAGUGGAUUGUUCGGAGGCAAACCCACAGGAAGCACAGGCAGUGGAUUGUUUGGCCAGAGCAAUACAACGGGUGCUAGUGGUGGAUUAUUUGGACAGUCAAACCAACAACAAUCACAACAACAGGCAUCACAGCCUAGUGGUCUAUUCGGUAAUGCCCAGAAUCAACAACAGCAACAGCAACCUUCAACCGGUGGUGGUCUCUUCGGUCAACUGAACCAGCAGCAACCUUCUACUGGUGGAGGUCUUUUCGGUCAACAGAAUCAACAACAAUCGUCUACUGGAGGCGGGUUAUUUGGAGGAUCGCUGAACACUAACGCAGGGGGUAGUUUAUUCGGUAAACCAAGCACUACUUCGGGUGGUUUAUUUGGUGCCAACUCUUCUUCACAGCCAAGUGGGGGUAUUGUCGGCGGUGGAACCAAUACCAAUCAACCAAGUGGAGGAUUAUUUGGUAACAGUAACACCAAUACACAGCCUAGUGGAGGUCUCUUUGGCUCUAAUACUAAUCAGUCUAGUGGCGGAUUAUUUGGAAGCAAACCAGCAGCCGGAGGAGGACUUUUUGGACAAACGUCUCAGUCUCAGUCUCAGCAGCAGCAGCAACAACAAAAUUCAGAAAUCCAGUUAACCGCCAUGACCAGAGUUGGCGAUCUCCCGCCAAACAUCAAGAAUGAACUACAACAACUUGACACAUAUAUAAACACUCAACAUCUAAUUGCAACUACCUUAGACUCAGAUAUGACCAAACACGAUGACUUGAUCAAUACCAUUCCAAAAGAUAUAACGUACUUGCAAAAUAAAUUACUAUCUACAAAGCAAGCGCUUAAAUUUGACACUAAUCAGUUGCAAGAUCUUAAAAAUAUGAAUAACGAAAUCACCGAAGACAUAAACAACAUCAUGCAACUAAUUAUUCAAUUGAGCACACCAGGGACAAAAUUAUCCAGUUCGUAUCAGUUAAAUGAAUUCUUCAUUAAGAAGAUUAAAAAGUAUUACGAAGUACUCAAUAUAUAUGAGGAGACCAUCAAUGAAUUAGAGAGUGUGCUAAAUGGAUUAGAGAGGAAUUGUAAUGAAGGGUUUGGAAGUUUGGCUAGUAUUGUUCAAGUCAUUAAAUCUCAAUAUGCUUUAUUCAUGGACCUAUGUGAGACUAUGGCACAAUUACAUAAUGAGAUAAAUAGGCAAAGCAAGUAG